CAUCACUCCAAUCCAGCGACUGGGAAAGAGCCAUCGUACCCAUGGCGCUGCCUGCCUAUGCAUGGGCCCUCAUCGCCGUCGCUGCGCUGCUCGUGCUCGGGUGCAUCUAUCGCCGCCAGCUCCAAGCGGCCUCUCGCGCCUCGUGGGUUCGUUCUGGCGUUAAAGGUGCCCUCAAGAAGACGCCGUACACGAGGGCUGCGUCGCCGCGCCAGCCAGCACAAGUGCCAUUGAUCUCGUCCAAUGAGCUCGAGAUCGUUGGGACGCUCGGCGGUGGCAUGUACAGCGUUGUCGCCAAGGGCAUCUACCAAGGCCGCGACGUGGCGCUCAAGACGUUCAACUACAUUGGCCACUUUAACGACUUUGGCCGCCAAGCGCAGACCUUGUACCAAUUGCGGUCCCCGUACCUCGUAUCGUUGCUCGCCGUCGCCGACGUCGAGUCAAAUAACCCGCAGCUCGUGUUUGAGUUUAUGGACGGCGGCAACCUUGACGACUACAGCUACCGGGAGCAUCAGGCAUACUCCCCCGAGACCAUUGCGCUUGCGGUGGCCCGGGGUCUGCAGGGAUUGCAUCAGUACGAGGUUGUGCACCGCGACGUGCGACUGCGUAACAUUCUCGUCGCAUCCGACGGCCGCAUCAAGCUCGCCGACUUUGGCUUUGCCCGCGAGAACGCGACGCUCAAAGAGUUACCAAAGCGCAAGAAAAGGAUGUCGUCGAUGUCAUCGGCGUCCAGCUACGUACCCAGCGCGUCUGCGAGAUUGCCACGCAACUACUGGGUCGCCCCCGAGGCGCUCAAGGCCAACGAUGCAGGCACGGCCACCGACAUUUACCAACUGGGCGUCGUCCUGAUCGAGCUCAUGUGGCGCAAACAACAUGGCUGCAUGGACCAGUUUGCCGCUUCCAUUAUGGACGUUCAAGCAGGCACGGCGACGAACGGCCUCCUCGGCGAAUCGGAUUGGUACCAAGACCUCGCGCUUCGCUGCGUGGCCCACACGCCGUCGAUGCGACCAACCGCCGCCGAGAUCGUACGCAUCUUUGAACAGCACACUGUUGAUGUACGUAUUGUCGAAUGAAAAUUGGACCUCUGAAUGUCGAUGGACGUGACCAA